AGUCCUGUUUCCUUCUUAUUCGCUAUUUUAUUUUUCCUUGUCUGGUCCCCGCUCGCGUGACGCUCGAUCCGCUCACCGCCCACCACGUCUCACUCAGCCCUACGGUAAUUCAACAACAACAAGCGGUCGCGUGGCAACCCGCCAGCCACAGGUUACACAGCCCGUAGACAGUUGGAAACACGACACCGUCUGUUUGUCCAUGUCCAAAUAACUGCGCCUAAAUGGCUUCCGAGUCCGGUGUCUCGGAUAAGGAUCGCCAUGGAGCGCAUACCUACGCCCGCAUGGAAAACAUAUUGCCCUCCAGCAUAGCCAAGCUGGAGCACUCCUUGCCCACCACACCCAAAAUGGAACGGUCCAUAUCCAUGACAGACAGUUUUAUCCUGGAGCACCUUCAGCACCAACACCCACAAACGCCAGCAGCAGAACCAGACGGCAUACAGUCUCCAGCUCCCGCUAAGAAAGAUGAUGCUCUCACUCCUAUAUCCAAUUGGGCGCAUCUGUCCUACAUCAAGAGCCAACGGAAUCACUUGCGAGCGGAGCUCAAGGCUCAGCAGGUUGCCGGUGCGGAAGCAAGGCAAUCGAUAUCUUCUCUCCGCCGCCUUGCCUUUCGCAUGGCCGUCAACAUCUCUGUCAAGGAAAAACAGAUCGCUACUACAGCACGGAAUCUUGCCAGCGUCCGGAAGAGGGAGUACAUGUCUACGCGCAAUGCCGAGAAGAGGAUCGAGCAGCUGACGAAGCAUCUGAAAGAGGAGGAAUACAAGAACAGAGAUAUUCUUGAAUGCCUGGAGAAAGCUUCUAUGCUGACUCUUCAGUACUCCGAUCCUAAUCCCCAAACUCAAACCCGGCUUCAACCUAAUCCACUCUCUCCGCCUCCGUCGCCCCCACCUCGUACUUCAAGGCUCUCGCGCAGCUCCAUUGGAACGCCCAGAACUCCACCACGGCCGACUUCGGCGUUAUGGGAUAACAACAACUGGGACUUCACGCCAGAGUAUAGCUCACCUAUUGAGAUACGCACAUCGGACAAUCGACUAAUCCGAGCGAAACGCGAGUCGGAUCGUGCACUUUCAGUAUGCAGGGAAAGGAUCGCGGAGCUGGAGGCGGAAUGCUCCAAAAGUAGGGACGCGGCGAGCCUUCUGGAGGCAAUACAGGCGAGUCUGGAGGAGGAGGUUCGAAGUCAUCAGGCACGCAUCGUGGCCUUGGAGCGAUCGGGAGCAACGGUGGAAGAGAACCUGCGUGUCGCAAAGUCGCAGCUGGAUGCAUCGUCGAAGGCCGAGGCUGAUAUGAAAGCCGAGUUGGAUCGCAAGAGCAAGGAAAUCGAGGAGCUGGAGAAAGGCGCAAGGCAGCGGCAUGAGACGAUUGAAGCGCUGGAGAAAGAGAAGGCUUCGCUUGAAGAGGACGUCGAGAACUGCAACGCCCGCAUUCAGAAGCUUGAAAUGUACACCAGUGGGCUGGAAGACGAACUUCGCUCUGAGAGGGAUAGCUUGGAUGCCGCUGGCCGUCGAGAAACAGAACUUCGCGAGCUCAUUUCCGAGAACGAGAGUCAUCUUGAGAACAUGUCAGCACAGCUAGAAAAGAGCCGAGAGAACAUCAAAGAGCUAGAGCAAUCACUAGGACUCUUCGAAAAUCAGGUCAAGGAGCAGACGAGGAAGAUCGAGGUAUCCGGCGGAGUGAUCUCGGCCCUUCGGGAUGAGCUGAAGGAGUCUGAGGAACUGAAGAAGCAUACCGAGUUAGCGUUGGCGAUAUCUCGCGCGUCAUUAGCGGAAUUGGAAUCGGCUCUACGAUCAGCGAACGAGACGAACGCCAAUUUGCAGAUGGAGCUGGAUUCGACCCUGGGGACGAAGAGCAGACUUGAAGAGGAGCUACGAAUGACGAAAGAGAAGCUUAGUAGUGAGAUUGAUGUCCAGGCCAAGAUACAAUCUGAGCUCGAUACGCUGCGUCUAUCGCGGGACAGUUUGGAGGACGAUCUGCAAGCAGCUCGAGACAGGAUCAACUUGCUAGAACGAGCCGACUCCGAAACCCAGAAGGAUCUCCAGACCUUACGCAAUGCGAGAGCUUCAUUAGAGAACGAACUCGUGGCCGCGCACCAAACAUCAUCCCGGCUGCAGAAAGAGCUGGAAUCUAGCACCGGCAAACUCGCAUACCUCGAAGCUUCUAUCGCGGCAAUCCAGGAGAAGCUACGAGAGUCCGAGCAAUAUAAGGCCUGCCUGCGCGAUGAGUUGGAGCACGCGCAACGUUCGAAGAUGGAGAUGAAGGAACAGCUCGACGAAGUUCUUAGUUCGAAAGAGCAGCUCGAGCGCGAUCUUGAGUCUAGUCAGUCGCACAUGGCUCGCGUGGAGUCUGAAAGCAGGACUCUGGAGGCCAAGGUUGCAGAGCUGCGGGACAGUCUUCAGCAAAGCGAGCAUUCCAAAGCGGAUCUUGAGGAACGUCUCACCCGCAUUCAGACCGAAGGAGAACGCCUCCGGACCGAGCGGGCUGAGUUGCAGGAGAACCUAUCCUCAAACCAGCGUUCGAAUACGGAAGCUGAGGAACGCCUUGCUCUUCUCAAGGCCGAAGCCGCAACCUUGGAUAAGCAAUCAUCUGAUCUGCAGGACAAGCUACGCCAGAGCGAGAACACCACGGCAGAGACUGAAGGGCGCUUGAAAGAAGCACUUCAAACUUCCGCUGAGCUUCAAGGGAAGCUAGCUGAUGCACAGUCAAGUCUAGCUUCAGUUCAGUCCGAAGGCGAUGAUUUGCGGUCCAAGCUUUCCGCUCUCGAAGCCAAUAUUCUCUCCGGCCAGAAUUCGAAAGAAGAAGUGGAAGAGCGCUUGAAGAGCAUAUCAGAAUCGCACAGUGGCCUCGAGAACGAGCUCACCUCAACUCGGUCUUGUCUAAAUGGCGUCAUUUCCGAAAGGAAUGAACUCAAGUCUAAGCUUUCUGCAGCUGAGCAAGAGCUUGAUACCCUGCAGCAGACGAAAGAGCAGCUCGAAGACCGACUUGAGGGUAUAUUGAAGGCUAAUGCAGAGCUGGAGAACGAACUAAACUCGACCCGCUCGCGCUUCCGAGAUAAUGAGACUGAGAAUGCUACCCUUACCUCUAGGCUUUCUGAUACUGGGAAAGAACUCGACGCUGUACGCAGUAGCAAGAUUGAGGUCGAAGGACGAUUGGACACUGCAGCAAGCGCGAACGCUGAUCUUGAAGAGGCGCUUGGCUCCUCUCGUUCGCGUUUAAGGAACGAGAUGCAUUGUGCAGCGGCAAGAACGACGUCGAGCAACGUUUAGACGCGAUGUCUGCGGCGAAGGCCGAGCUUGAGAAGAGUCUAGACGCUGCCCAAUCCCGCCUGGGUGGAGCGGAAUCAGAGAGGCUUACGCUCAGGUCUAGAAUAUCCGAGGCCGACAAGGAGCUCGAUACAUUGCGGCAGACUAACGCGACGCUCGACGCCUCUGAGAAGGAUCUGCUGUCGCGCCUCGCCACUGCCGAGGAGGAGUUGAACACCGUAAGGAUAGCGAACGCUAGGUUAGAGGCCUUCUUGGAGCAAGUCGAGCAAGAUAUGGUGGGCGCAGAGGCAGCCGUUGAAGAGAGCGAGAAACGUCUGGAUGACUUCGUUGAUGAAUCAGAGGCGAAGCUGAACGCGGCGCGGACGUCGAAGCUGAAAUACAAACGUAGGCUUACGGCGAGAAACAAAGAGUUGGAGAUCCUGAUGGACGAAAACUCCGAGCUACAUAACCAUAUCAGUGAGCAAG